CACAUGAGCUUUUUGACAUGAUUGAGAAGCCUUUUCCUCUUCUUUAUUUUUAUUUUUCUAUUUUCCAAAAAAAAAGUGAAAAGAUUAAAAGUUACUAUUAACGACGACGUUUGGAUAUAUCCUUCUUUCAACGGACAGAACACUGCCUCAGGCCCUCAGCUGAUCCAAUUGGCUUUGCAGGAUAGCAAUGGCGUCGUCUCUGAUGUCAAUACAUAGCGCAGGAAACUCCGCUCUCUCUUCUUUCCAUCUCAACAUUCGAUUCCCACCACACCCUUCUCACCUCUCCCUCAAACCCACUACAAACCAAUCCUUCAACCCUCUCUGCACCUUCGUAGCCCCAAACAACACCAACCCAGCUAGGGUUUAUCGCCGCCAUGGUGGCCUUGCUCAACGCGGAAACACCAAUUCCUCGAAUGACCCACAAGUCAAAACACCCCCUACCCACAAAAACAACAAAAACCAAAUUCAUAGCAACAAAAACGAGAAAUGCCAUCCACACGUAACCCCCAAUGUCCCACCAUCCAGUGUUGAUUUGUUGAGUUUGUGCCAAGAAGGGAAGAUAAAAGAAGCCCUUGAUUACAUGUCUCAAGGUGUUGCUGCUGAUUAUCAUACUUUCGAACUACUCUUGAAUUCAUGUGGCAGUCCGAAGUUCCUUCAACUUGGAAAAAGGGUUAAUGAGUUCCUGAUUCGAUCGCCUCAUACAGGUAAUGUUGAAUUGAAUAAUAAGUUAAUUGAAAUGUAUGAUAAAUGUGGGAGUGUGAGAGAUGCGCGCCGAGUGUUUGAUCGAAUGCGCGACCGAAACAUCAGUUCGUGGCAUUUGAUGAUAAAUGGGUAUGCAAAUAAUGGUCAGGGUGAUAAUGGGUUGCUCUUGUUUAAGAAAAUGAGGAAGUUGGGGUUGCAGCCCAGUGGAGAGACUUUCGUGGCUGUCUUAUCGGCUUGUGCUAGUGCUGAGGCUGUGGAAGAAGGUUUUCUACACUUUGAAUCAAUGAAAAACGAGUAUGGAAUUGUUCCAGGUAUUGAGCAUUAUUUGGGGGUUGUUGGUGUCUUAGGUAAAGCUGGGCAUGUUAAUGAAGCAAUGGAGUUUAUUGAGAGCAUGCCAAUUGAGCCCACGGCUGAAAUUUGGGAGGCUUUGGUGAAUUUUGCUCAAAUACACGGAGAUAUAGAACUUGAAGACCGUGCUGAGGAGUUUUUGGUUGCUCUUGAUCCAUCUAAGGCCAUGGCUAACAAGCUCCCUACGCCACCACCAAAGAGGCAUUCUGCAAUCAAUAUGCUUGAGGGGAAGUAUAAAAUUGGCGAGUUUCGGAGUACAAAUCCAUACAAGGGAGAUGCAUACGAGAAAUUAAAAGGCUUGAAUGGACAGAUGAGGGAAGCCGGGUAUGUGCCCGAUACAAGAUACGUGCUCCAUGACAUUGAUCAGGAGGCCAAAGAACAGGCCUUGAUGUAUCACAGUGAACGGUUGGCGAUUGCUUAUGGUUUGAUCAGUACGCCAGCAAGGACGCCACUUAGGAUUAUCAAGAACCUCCGGAUAUGCGGUGACUGUCACAAUGCAAUAAAGAUCAUGUCGAAGAUUGUUGGGAGGGAGCUGAUUGUUCGGGAUAACAAGCGGUUUCAUCAUUUCAGAGAUGGUGAAUGCUCUUGUCGGGAUUACUGGUAAAGGUCUUAUUAACUUGAAGUUGCAGCUCCACUUCUUAAUUUGCUUUCUGGUUGAUUUCUUCAGCAUGUCCAGCGUUUUGGUGUCGAAUGUCAGUGGGCAAGGAGAAUUAGGCAGCUCUUUAUGGCAAUGAACUAUGUACAUUGUACAUCAUUCUUGCCAUUAAAUUCUAACUACUCAAACGACUUAUUGAACAUAAAUUAUGUACAAUUUUUUAUAGGUGUAAUAGAAAUCAGUAUGAUAACGAUUUCUACACA